AUGCGAUUUCAAAUCGCGGUAGCUUUCACCGUCUGCUUGGCUCGCAUUGCCAGCGCCGCUGACAAUGCAAUUGUCAUUGGUCCUAAAGCAACCGAAGUUACGAUCGACGCCUGGAAAGACGUCGUAAGCUCACCAACUAAUGGAACGACUUCCAAAUUCAAGGGCUUCGACACCUCAAAACCAUACCCAGGUUCCGAACAGGAAGGCUGGGAAUUGAGCAUCGGGGUCAAGGAAUACUUCAAUGUAUCCAACAGCAAUGCUACCGCUACCAUCAUGUCCAUCAAUCCGCCCAGCAAUGGCAGUUUUGACAACAGCUGGCACUUUUGUCUCUAUACUUUCAAUGUGAACCCCAGAAGUGCGGCGCAGUACUAUGGCGGUCAGAAGGAUAGCUGCAGCAACCUAGUUGCGAAAGAAUGCAUUGAUGACAUAAAGAAAAAUGCUGUCAAGAACUCGGCCACAGAUGGCUGCACCGCUUACCAAACCACACCUAGUUGCCUCCGGGAUAUCAGUGAGCAAUCUGCUCUGGUUUUAUCUGUACCUGCCAACAAUGCUUCGAGUGUGUUUACGAAGAACUCGCCAUUUUACCGACGCAUUGAUCUCGGAGGAGAAAAGGCCUUUAAGCUCGCCGCUAGUCAGCCCAUGCUCGUCGUUACCGUGUUUGGGUCUUCUGCCAAGUCCGACAAGGCCCCAACCCCCGAAGUCGCAUGUGUCUUGCCCAAUGCGAAGGCCAAAACAAGCGGCUCUUCCAAAAUAGCCUGCUUUACUGGCUGGACAGUUGCCACAUUGGCGGUUGCUUUGCAGUUUGCCUUGUAA